CAAGUUCCACAUAUACCACAACUACCGCUACCCUCUUUUGUGACACUUCACAGUUUUUAAGAAGAACAAUGGAGGAGUUUGCCGGCUUCGUUUUCAGUGGAGAAGAACUUGAGUUGGGUGUGGGUUACGAAUACAAUAGCAGUGAUUAUGAUUAUAACGACUCCUGCUGCGUUGGCAAGGUGUGCGAUCAGGAUCGCAGCAUGGAGUUUGCGGCGGUCUUCAUCCCGGUCCUGUACUCAGUGGCCCUGGUCCUGGGGCUGCUGGGAAACGGGCUGGUUCUGGCGGUGCUGUGGAAGAAGAAGCGGACCUGGAGCGUGACGGACACCUUCAUCCUGCACCUGGCCCUGGCCGAUGUCCUGCUGCUGUUCACCCUGCCGUUCUGGGCUGUGGAGGCAUCUGGCAAGGGGUGGAUAUUUGGCACUGCCCUCUGUAAGAUCGCUGGAGCUUUGUUUAAGAUCAAUUUCUACUGUGGGAUCUUCCUCCUUGCCUGCAUCAGUGUGGACCGCUAUGUGUCCAUCAUCCAUGCUGUGCAGAUGUACUCUCGUAAGAAGCCCUGGGUGGUUCAGGCCAGUUGCCUGGCCGUGUGGUCCGUCUGCUGUCUGCUCUCCAUUCCCGACUGGCUGUUCCUUAGUGCUUCAUAUGAUAUUAGACGAGAUAAGACAGAGUGCGUGCCUCUCUACCCUGAUCCUGCGGAAAACUGGCGUUCUGGGUUCCGUUGGCUCUACCACAUUCUAGGAUUCCUCCUCCCAGCUGCAGUCAUGGUCCUCUGCUACACCCGCAUCUUGCUGCGUCUCAGCCGUGGUUCUCAGAACCUGCAGAAGCAGAGGGCCAUGCGGGUGAUUGUGGCCCUGGUGAUUGCCUUCUUCAUCAGCUGGACACCCUACAACCUCACCCUGAUGGCAGAUACGCUGCAGACCAAAAACAGUUCAAACUCCAACAACGCCUCUUGCGACACGUUCACCACCCUGGACAUCUCCCUGACCAUCACCUCCACGCUGGGCUACCUGCACUGCUGCAUCAACCCUGUGCUGUAUGCCUUUGUUGGGGUGAAGUUCCGGCGCCAGCUAGUGGAGAUGCUGAAGGUGCUGCACUGCCCGCUGAAGAGCAGGAUGGCCACAUUAUCACGCAGGAGCUCCAUGUGGUCAGAGACGGGGGACACCACCAACACUUCUGCCUUCUGAGGAAGGGGGGAGAACAGAAAGCAGGAGGGAGAGAUUGAGACAUUGUAUACAUUUAAAUGGGUGUCACCACAACACACCAAAUACGUCCUUGGCAUCGCUCUUAUAUUGACUUAGAUGCAUUUUUUACAGAAUCUCUUGAGCAGAGUUGUAAACUUCAGAAAGUAAAAAUCCCACCAUGUAUUUUUGGUGGGAGUAUUGUUAACAUUAUGUUCAAAGCAAUUAUUAACAUUCUGUUGCUGUUUUCUUUUUCUUUUCCAUUCAAAACAACUUGCAAAAAACCUUUAACCACUAGGUUUUUGUCAGGUAUGGUAUUUUGCCAGCCUUUUUGCAGUGCUAGGAGACAAAUGGGCAAGAUUUAGGAAAAAGAUAGGUAAAGUUUUUUUUAAUACUGUGACCUGUAAUACUGUGAAUAAUGACUCUGAAUGUUUUUUUACGAGACAGUCCCGCCCCUUUUCUAGUGUGGAAUUGCUCUUCAAUGCAAUUUAACAUUAGAAAACCUGUGGUUUGUUUUGGAAAUCCACCUUACUGUAGGUGAUUGAAUGCUGGUCAUUCCAUGCGUAAAACAUUUUUACCCUGCUUCUGAUAGUCUUUUGUUAAGAAAAUAAUUUUAUUUUGGAGACAUUAUUAGGUAUUUACAUAAAACUAGCAAACUAUUUAGCUUCCAGUAACUUGUAUAUAAUAUACAUUGAUGAUAUAUUUUGAGGUGUAAAAUGUUACUUUUUGUUUUCUCAAACUUUUCUAAAACUGUAUAGAUAUAUAUUUUUAUAUUUGUAUCUUUUAUACUUUGCAUUA